AUGAAUCGGUCCCGCGCACACGAGGACACAGUCGAUAUACGGAGAUAUACAGAUGGGGAGCCAGAAGCCAAGAGACUGAGGGGAGAUGUCAUCUCGAAGAGGCCACUGCCGAGCGAGGACACCGUCCAUAUACGGGCUCAGACAGAGACGGAGCUAGAGCAGAAGCGACCAAGGAGAGAGGGUGAGGGUAUGGAAAGGGCGCAAAGAGGAGCCAGUGGGGAUUUUGGAGAAGUGGAAACAGCGAAAGGAAACCCAGUUAAUAUCGGGGAAGCCUGGGCAGAGACGGAGGGGGAUGUUGCACAACGUCGAAUUAGAUUUAGCAGGGGAGCUAUAGCAUCCCAAAAAUUGUCGUAUGUGCCUGGUAUUACCAGUCUCCAUUCCCAACUCCUUGGUCAACGGCUGAGGUUCCUCCCCGGAGGUGGGGGUCUCUGA